CUUUGACGAAAAAAUUGGUGUGAAUGUAGAGAUAUGCUUCUUACCAAACUUAGAUUCUUUUUUAGCUUUGUGAAUAGAUUCGUUUUUUAUUGAUGGGAAUAUGAGAUUGGCUUCUAUAGUUCUGUAGUUAUCUAUUAUCAACAAAGUUCAAUAAGGUGAUAAACAAAAGUAUCUUUAGUUUGUACAAGUAAUAAUGGUUUUCGGCCUAUCACCCUUUUUCUUAAAUUUUUGAAAAGAAUUCUCGAAUACCAAAGAAGACCUAUAUAUCAACUUCUUUGAAGAGAAAAGCGGAAAGAAACCCUUUUUCUCUCUAGCCUCUAGCUAAUAGCAAAACCCUUGAAUCCUUGAUAGAUCUUCUCUUAUUUCAUAUGAACUUAUGAAGAGAAAUUAUUCUUACUAAUCAGUUCAAGGCUAGGAAAAGUCAAAACGUCAAACGUGGUGUUCGAUCUAUAAGGGAGGGAAGGUGGAUAAGAGGCAUGGAAAGCGACCACUUCCGGUGGAAGCGCCGCCGCAGGAGAAAAGCGGCGAGUUCCAAUCUUACCCCGCCGCCACCGGUAGCUCUUCCAUGUUCUCCGGCUACGCAGGGACAAUUGCCGCUGCUAUACCAUCGCCUACUCCGGCUGCCGCCACCACUCAAGCGCAGGUACGAGGAAAUGCAAGACCACAUUAUAGAGGGGUAAGGCAGAGGCCAUGGGGGAAAUGGGCAGCUGAAAUAAGGGACCCUAAGAAGGCGGCGCGUGUUUGGCUCGGAACAUUUGACACGGCUGAGGAUGCCGCACUAGCAUACGAUCAAGCCGCUCUCAAAUUCAAAGGCACCAAGGCUAAGCUCAACUUCCCCCAAAGGGUUCAAGGCAAGUCCAAAGUAUGCUUCAUCAGCCCUGGCAGCGGAAGCGGAGGAGCUUCCUCCGCCUCCACUCCUCAAAUCCCUAGCGGCAACCAACAGCUGCCGAUGACGAUGUCAUCACAGCAGCAGGAUGGCGCUUACCCUUAUCUCCAACAAUACGCUCAGCUUCUUUCCAGCUCUGAUGCGGAAUUCCCUUACUUGACUUCAGCUCUCUACAAUCAAGCUACCUUAAUGCAGCCAUCGGGACUCUCUCCUCCUCCAACUGCGGCAGAGCCGCCUCAUGCGCCGCUGCAGCGACAAAUGCAAGAUCAAUAUUACUCACAGUAUUUUGCCCAGUUCGAGAGCAUUCAGGACUCUGAGUAUCAAAGUUAUGGUGGCAUGGGUUUUAACUAUGCAAACAACCCAAAUGAGAAUAUAGACUAAAGUUGAAAACGAGCUAAGCCUUUUGUUUUUUUUGCAAGAGUGUAUUUAUUGUAAUUCACAGCAAUUAGCAAGCUCAGGCUUGCAAUGCACGAUUCGGAUGGCUUGUUUACAGUUUACUGUCGGAAUGGAUACGAUACUCAAUACAAAAAUGCUAUACGUACACACCCCCUUACCCCCUUUAUAUACCCAUUUAAAUUUUUAAAAAAAAAUUCCCUCACCCCACGUGCCUAGACUAAGUCGGUUUGCUCCCUUUCACAGACAAUGCAGUUCGAUUAUUCUGUCUCUUUGUUUGGCAGGUUCCUACUCGUUUUUCUCCUUUCUUUAAACAGACAAGGGAGGUAAGUGACGGUCUUCACCUUUAAUGGAGCUGGAUGCUUCAAACAUGUGUGAACCGAUGGGGGAAGUAAGUCCCGAAGACGGCUUAGUUGGUAGUGACGUGCCGGUGGUCGGUGAUGGAGACGGCGUAGUGGGUAGUGACGCGCCAGUGGCCGACGAUGGAGAAGAACACAACCAAGAGUAUAUGGACAUCGUUGAUGAGCAAGGUAGUUUUGCUUACGUUUUCAUUCUUAUUGUAUUUGAUUCAAGAUGAGUUCAUGAUGUGUACUGUACUGUAGAAGGGUUUUUCAUCACAAAGACAACUACUAAAUGCAGUCCUUGUGCCUUUUAAGUUUGUUAAAGAUGCCAUGUUGAAGUUCAAUAUAAGUCAUUUGUCUGUGUGUAGACAACUACUAUUCGUAUUGACUGAAAAUUAUGUGGGUAUGUAUUGUGUGUAAACAAUUUUGUAUUCAUUUUGUGGAAGAGUUUAUUGUUGAUGUUAUC